AUGGAUGAAGUUUUAUCGUAGAUAUCAAAUUAAGUUUACGAAUUCGAUACUCUGGGAUUAGUCCAACAGUACAUAUUUGAAUUGUCGGAGCAUUUCAAGGAGAAUCACAACGCCUAAGUAGACAUUUAGCAAUUCGUCAUCUUUUUCAUCAACAAGACUGAUGAACAAGGAAUCGAGGGAUUGAUACUGAUCUCCAAACUCAUAGAACUCUAUCAAGACAUACUGUCUUAACAAAACGAAAAAAUACUCAAAUUAAAACAUAUAACCGAUUAUUUGAUAAGUAGUCAAGAAAUUUGUAGUGAAUAUUUUAAUGCUAAAUUCCUACCUUCACAAAAUAAUAAAUUUCAACUUACUCGCCGCGUUUUAACUGACAUCGAAAUUUAACCUCCUGAAAUCUUAGGCCUCAAUCCUAGCAUGCUUAGAAGAUUGCAAACUCAACUCAAAAUUGAAAAUAUCCACAUGAACAAUCAAAUCAUUUAUGGAAUCAAAGGAGACAACGACAUGUUCUUGAUUCUUUAAUUUUGCGAGAGUGUUUGCAUGUUGCACGAAUUCCAAUUUAAGAAAAUGCUGCAACCUAGGAAUAUGAUAGACGGCAAUUUUGUGGUCUAUGGUUAUUAUUCCACAAGACAAUAACGAUUAGGAGUAGUAUUACGAAAUAACACUCUGAUCUUCUGGGAGAAAAGAGACAACUAUUAGUACGACUAUUAAAUCGAAACCUAAUUAGAACUACAACUUAUUUCAUAUUUGGAAAUCCAAGAUUAAUGGAUAACCUCAGCAAAUACUAGUUUAUAAAUAUGGAAUCUGGAAUAAGGAAAGUAUUAAAAUGUGCAAAAUCAAGUGUUUUCUGGAGGGAUCAUCCAAUUAUUAGAAGUCAUGCAUUUACAAAUGCUAUUAGUAGCCUCAAAUCCCAAUAUCAUUAGUUGUUGGGACAUGUUCGAAUAAAAGUUUUUAUUUAAAUUUUAAGUAUCGCAUUAAAUACUCUAUCAAAUUGUUUGUAGCAGGCAGUUCUAAUUGAUCUUUACCAUAGGAUUCAACAAUUACAUCUCCUGUUACGAAUUGCAUGCCUAAUACAAUGACUAUAAUUUGAAAUGCUAAUUGGUAGGUCAUUCUUCUACUGUUUAGUGCAUUGAACACAUAGAAUAAACUGCAUUGCUGAUCUCUAUAGACAAUAAAAAUGUGGUUAUCUUGUGGGAUAUACGAUCACAACAAUAGACUCAAACAAUAAAUUUAUAAACUAGAAUUCUUACUAAGUAAUUGAUGUUUUAUUGCAAUAAAUUAUGUUUGGUUGCUAAUAUGUUGUAGACAUUGAACUUUGAAAAACAAUUGCAUCUGAAUAAAUAAAUCAGAUUAUUGCAAGUGAUCUACGAUUAGUGGAACAAAAGAAAUAUCAUAAUAACAAAGGCAGAUAUUCGUAUUUAAGAUAUCAUUAAUGGAAAUAUUUAGUACAUUUUGAGUGACUUCUAAAAUGAGAUCUCAGCAUCUUGUCUCAUUGAGCAUGGAUACUCGAUUAUAAUUGGUACUGUAGAAGGUGAUUUGUAUAAGGUUUCACUUAAACAUGGUCAAAUCUUGGAAAAAUGGGAAUCCUUUUAUUAAGAUGAGAUCCUAUCCAUUUAAUAUGAUGAAGCCUACAAAAUCUUACAUGUAGUUUCUAUUUAAGGUAUUUUGAAAUGUUUACCACUUACUCAAUUGAAUGUUUGCAAGGAUAACAUUUACAAGGACAAAUGGGCAAUACGUCAAUUAUCAGUGAAUAUCCUCAUUAGUAUGUGUCAACUCUCAAUUGCACAAGGCUUAUUAGCUGUAAGUUACGAAGAUUUCAUAUAAAUUUGGAAUCUGGAGUAUUAUUGUGUGUCAAUUCAAAUAUAAUUAGAAGACAAUGCUACAGUUACCUCAAUGAUCUUUUGUGAUUCUCUGCCUCUCUUAAUAAUAGGCACUAAUUAAGCUGAUAUCUUUAUAUUUUAAUUAGUUUAGAAGAACGAUAAAUUGUAAUGCACUUUGGAAGGACAUUUCAAUAUUGUGAAGGCUGUUUUAAUCUAAAAACUAAAGAGUGUCUAUCCAGAUCGUAUAAGUAUCAUGAGCAAUUUGUUUUCGAAAACAUCAUUGGAGUUAAUUGAAUUAUAUGAUGAAGGGGAUGAACAAAUCGAAGUUAAACGCCUUUUCAAUAAUAAAUAUAAAUUAAUGACUCAUGGAUCUUUUGCAUCACGCUUACUAGUCUAAUUUCAUCAAGAAGAACUUAAAUUAUACAUUGCAACAAACAGAGGAUCAGCCUUAGUGUUUAAUCUUACAUAAUUACUUGAAAAGAAAGUAAGAAUUCUUCUUAAUAGUUUAGAAUGUAGCCAAGAAACUUGAUCAGAUUAAUCAAAGGCCUAAUUAUAACCCUUAUAGAGUAGUCUAUAAUAAAUUGCAAGGAAAUUUUAUCGAUAAUUAUCAAAUUGUGCAGAAUCGUUUGAUUAAAGAUCAAUUCAAAAAGAGAGAAUCUAAAUUUGAGUAGAGCAGCAAAAUCAAGCAAAAGUUCAGGAAUUCCUUAAUCAGAUUCAGUAUACUAAAGGGAUUGAAAGACAAUCCUGAAUUAGACAUCACUCAUACCUUUAAGGAUUCUAUAUUUUCAUUUGAUGAGCAACUUGAAACUGCAGAUUAAAUCCAUAAUGACAUGAUCAUUUAAUUAAACUUCCUUUACAUAGAUCCAUAUGAAAUACUGUUUCGUAAAAAGACCUAACUCCUCAUAUCUGGAUGCAUAGACGAUACUGUUAAAGUAUUUACAACAGACUUUAUUCAAAUUUGUGAAUUUUCAAUUCAUAACCCCCUCCCUUUUUAAUGGUAGUCUUUGUUAAACGAGAAAAACAAAGUAAAAGCCACCAUAUUGUUCUCCUUUGAAUUGCUUUAGUAGAUUUUACCACAAUUAAGUUAAGAAAAGAGAAAGGCCUACGAAAUCGAAAACAUGUUAAAAUAGAAUUCUAUUAAACAUAUUAACAAGAACUAUAAAUUAUCUAAUAUUUUAUAAAAGAAAGAGCCGAUUGGCAAUUAAUAGAAACUGAAGGAUUCUUUCUUAAAUAAACGGAAAAUAAGUUUAUGCAACAAUAUGAAAAUGCCUUAACUAUCUCCUAAAUUACCUCCAUCAUUACGUUACUAUGAUGAAAAAAUCAAAUAGAGUAAGUAUCAACAAGAAAUUCAUGAGCAAGAUUUGUUGAAUCAACAAAAUCAAUAAAAAAGAUAGUAAGGAAUUCAAAUUGAAUAGUAGAGACAAUAAAAAAAAGAGAUCUUAGAUUAUCUAACUCCUGAGACAAAUAUGAAUCCGAAAAUGUUUGAGGAUUUUUCGAUUUAAGCUCUGAGUGCUCGAUUAAAGACGGAAUCAAGGACUCAUUAGAGUAAAAUAACUAAAACUACUAAUGAUACAAAACGAACUUUUACUCGAUAGAGUUUAGAUUUUUUUGAUUAUGCUGAGAAGAAAGAAAUGCUAACCACUAGAAGUAAGAUAUCUUAGUCUCGAUUUUAAACAAGAAGAUAACAUCAUGACUUUCACAAGAUUUUGA